AGCUUUUUAAAAAUCAUCUUUUGUUGUAGUUUUUCAUCACAUUGAUUUUUGCCAUCCUUUUUGGUUUAAUUGGACAGAGAGUGCUUUGUUGCUCUUCAUACAACUCCUCAAGUUAAUUCUUGAGAAUUAACAUGUUUGUUUUGUAAUGCUUAUUUUCUGAUAAAUGUGUUUAAAAGUAUACAUGUACUGCUAAAUACUGCUUUAGGUGUGUCUGAAAUUUUGAUGUGUAGUUUUGAAGAAAACUUUAUUUUGACUUAAUGAUUGACUCAGGAAGUUGCAAAAAUAGUGACAUUGAGGCCCUCGAACCCUUCCUCCAUUUUCUCCUUGGGAACAUGUUAUAUAACUGUAGUAUAUAAGCAGGAAAUUGACAUUAGUACACAGAAAGCUUUUAAAACUUCCAUUUGUGAGUUGGAUCUCGUUGCCUUUGGGGAGAGAAGAGCCUGUAUGACAGGGAUCCUUUGGAUAAGCCAGCUUUCUCCCAGCAGCACUGUGUUCCAGUGCAGAGACCUCCACGGAGAGGGAGACGUUUGAGAAGCUAAUGUGGCGGGUGGAGUUAGAAAUUGCAGGGGAAACUAUAGAGUUGGGAGGACCCACGUCCCUGAAGGGGGUACAUACAAAAAACUGACACAACCAACUUUCUGCUCCAGAAACAGUAACCCAGAGGCAGGUGGAGAGAGAAUUCAGGCACUGACGAGAACCCAGCUUUGCUUGGUUCUCCAGCAUCCAGGACCUCCAGCAUCCAGGACCAUGGGGCCCCAGCAUUUGAGCCCUGUACAGCUGCUGUACCUCCUAGGGGCCAUCUCCAUUCUGCCUUGGGCCGGGGCGCUUUUGUGCUAUGAAGCAACGGCCUCGUACUUCAGAGCUGUUACCCUCCAUAACUGGAAGUGGAUUCUGAUGAGGAGCAUGGUGUGUAAGCUGAGAGAAGGCUGCGAAGAGACCCUGCUAUUCUUCGAGGCAGGGUCCAGAAGGGGAGUUGUGGGCUUUAAAGGUUGCACCCCAGUUUUAUCUCACCCAGAGAAAACCAUGUACCUUGUUUCACCACCUGGACUCUCGGUUGCCGCCUACACCCGCGUCUGCCGGUCCUAUCUCUGCAAUAACCUCACCAACUUGGAACCUUUUGUGAGACUCAUAGCCAAGACUCCCAAGUCGAUAGGACUUUCUUCCCAUACUUGUCCAAGCUGUUUGGGCGAGAUCUCUAAGGAUUGCCUCCCGAAUUUUGUCACCACCGACACUUGCCCCCAGAGUGCCCCUAAGUGUUACAGCUCCACUGUACAAUUUCUGGCAGGAUUUCUCAACACCACCAUCCUCAUUAUGGGCUGUACUCCCGAACAUCAGAAGCAUUUAUCAGAGAUUCGGGUUUUCGGGAGCAUCAGAAUGAUCGAAGCUGUCAACAUCUUAGAGAAGUCCGAGUUUGCGCGUGCAGGGCCCUCCAAUCGGGGUUCUGCCUUGGCCCUUUUUGUAGGCCUCCUGGUGGCUUUCAGGCACUGACCAUCCACCUGGACCGGACAAACACCCAGACUCCUUUGCAGUUAGCAAAUAAAGUCACAGA